UGCACGAAACAGCUGAUCAAAGGUCUAUAUUACUAAGCAGCACUACGCAUUACCCCAUCACUAUCUCAUACCGAAAGUCAAUAGGUACUUGAUUGUUAUUUUCCAUUGUGUGUUUUUUCAUGAACUUAUCAAGAAAUGUCAAAGUUAAUACCUUAAUCAUCGUCAGUAUAAUUGUGGUCAUUACAUCAGCGUAUUUACAUUUACAUCAGCAAGUCAUCGGCAACGAACUACGAACCACACAAAUUCAUCAGACUCUGAUGUUGUUCGGUCUUGGUUCGUGGUUGACAAAGUUUGGAAUAAUGGCACCGCAAACGCCCCAAUUGAAUCAAAUUGGUCCGGGAUUCUGGAAUGUACGUGCAUCUUUUAAACUAUUCAAAUUGAUUGACAUUGGAACACACAUGUCGUUGGUUCAACUGCGCAAUGGAAAUUUUCUGGUUAUCGAUACGGUGGAAAUGAACGACCAACUGAAGAAAGAGUUGGAUGAUUUGACCAAUAAUGGGACGAAAAUUGAGGCUGUUGUCGGCGUUCACCCUUUUCACACAUUGGCCUUUCCUGGCUUUUACAAACUGUACCCGGACGCUAAGUACUACGGCACUCCGAGACAUUUAAGGAAUUUGAAAGAUGUUCAAUGGACGGGUCAACUCGACGACAAUAAGGAAAGUUUGUCCAGAUGGGAACCGGAAGUCGAGCUACGUAUUCCAGCAGGUGCUGAAUACAUCAAUCCUCAACCGGAAAAGAGCAACCAUUUCGUCAGCGUAUUUGUUCAUCAUCGCGAUUCGAAAACUCUGCACGUCGACGAUACGCUCAUGUACGCCGAGAAUCCCGGAAUCAUGUUCCGAUUGUUCGGAUUGAAAGCCGGCUCAACGGUGUUCCAUCCAUCGAUCAAGGAUCAUGGACUGUAUCCGACUGCAGAGGCACCGCUACAGUUCCGUGAUUGGAUAAAUCAGAUGCUGAAAGAUUGGGACUUUGAUAAUCUGUGUACCGCUCACAUUGGCGUUAAGUCUGGUGGAGCGCAUGCAGCUGUGGAGGAAUUGAUGAAAAAUUCGGAAAAGUUUUUCAUCGAUCUCAGUGAACGAAAUAAGAAGAAAAUUCCGCCAACAGUGGGCAAACAAGGCGAAUGGGUUUCGGGCAAUGAAUGUGGUUGAUCGAAUUGGGAAAUUAACUGAAAAUUCUUUUUCUGUUAAGUGUAGCUCUAGGGCUUUUGAGUUAAUAAUAAUGAUAAUUUAUUAUCGUGUUUUGUUU